AUGGACGUAGACAAUAAUAUCGCGCAGUGUUCGUCAAUUCAAAUAGAAGCCACACAACAUGAAGUUCCUAAAAAGUGAGUUUUCCCAUUUUGAGAAUGGCUACAGUAGCGAUUAAUUUCGAAUUGUUCUUUGGGCCCAUUAAUUCACAACUCUGCCAGGCUGUGAGUGUUGUCAGUGACUGUUAUCAGUAGCAGCUCGCGUUUUGAUAAGGCUUUGCAGGAAAAAAACACAUCGAUUUCGAAUGUCCUUGAAAAAGAGCGCCUAAAAAAGCGAUAAUCGCCUUAACGAUAAGAUAAUUUUGCCAAUGUUAGCACUCAAAAGCGUUUGCUCACUUAAUUCAAAGUUUCUAAAGUUAUUUUUUUCAAUUGUUUUUACUCGUUUUUGAAGUUUCUGGUUUCUUUCAGAAAUUGUAUAUUAACGCCGGCUUUGACGGUUCAAACAUCUAUGAAGCCUAUGAGCACGGAUAACCGAGUGGAAAUGUGGAGGAACCGCAAUUUCGACUCCGGAUUCCAUACGAUGAAUCCUAGCGAGGUGAAUCGCGAAUAACUUCUUAGAAGGUUGAUUAAUUUUGAGGCGCCCUCAAUGAUAUCUUCUCUUCACCCUUCGUCCCACAUAUCCGGUAUGUCCAACGUCACAGAAUACGAACAAUCCCAACUUUCCGAUCAGGUCGGUUUCUACAGAAAUGAAAAUUAUUCAAAAAAAAUCGAUCAAAAAGAGGCAAAACUCUAGUUUAAAUACCGUAAUUUGGGCUUCUGAUUAACAGUAAAAUCAACGAAAAUGAAGUUUUAGAACAUGAAAGUUCAGAAAGAAAUUAUUAACAUGUAGUAUUAGUAAUGUUCAUUUAAUACCAACAGUAUCUCUAAGCAAUCCUCAUCUUAAUUAGGACAAUCACCAAGAUUUUCACAAUAUCCGGUUGGAUUGAAACUUAGUUUUUAGCCAAAGCAGGAUCCGUUUGCAAAAUAAAAAAUAAGUCAAAGGCUUCUUAAAAAUCGAAGAAGCCCAAAUUUUGAUUCUUCGAAAUAAACUCUUGAUAAGUUCUGAUUUAUCCGAUCUCAGAAAACUGAUCGAAGUUCUAACUUUCCCAGUCUUUGACACUUUCAAUCCGCAAUAAUCGAUAUAUUCGAAACACACUCCACUUCUAAAAAAGAAUAAGUGGAAGACAAAAAACCCAAGGUUGUCACUAAAUUGAUCGGUCCGACACGUCUUUUCACACCUUCUUUCUCGACAUUUUAUUGCGCCAUGACGGAUGGAUGCGCUCUAAUUUUGAUAAGAUGUUGCCGAGAAAAUGUCCACGUUCUGGAGAAGCGAAGUCACGCUUCCUUCGUCUUUUUUUCUGAUCAAUCAAUAGAUAAUGGAGGUCGUUUUUUAUGGUUACUGUUUACGUAUGAACUAACCAACGAGCAAAAAGUUUAUUAUUUUCACUCAUUUUAAUCAGGACAGUUGAGUUCGAAAAAGGUUCGCAAUACUAAAUCAUUAUUUUGCAGUCUGGAAACGAAUAACAAAUGAAACUUAAAAAUUAUGAAUAUAGAAAAAAAUGAAGCGCUAAUUUGAGACAAAAAUGCAGAGGCUUCUGAAAACUCUCUUUUUCACUCGUUUCUGCUGAUAAUCUUCAGUCAACUUCUUUUUCUAAAUUAUAUAUCAAGCCAGCGGUUUAUUAACUAUGAGAAAUAAUAACGGCCUAAAAAAAUCAAAAAAAAUAAGUAUAAUAAUUGUAUUUUUUUCAGCAACAAAUGAAGUUCGAUGGGAUACCAGCAUGUCCAGAGCAACAGUACGGAAGUGCAGUCAGAGCUAUUCCAGAGCUCACGCAGCUCAUCAAAGAUAACGAUCACGUUUGAAUGUUUUAUCCAAAUUAUUUAAAAAGCGGAUGAUCUAGGCCGUGGUUUACAAAGCUGUGUACAUCAUGCAGAACAUUGCCAAAAUGGACAGCGACACGAUGAGAAGACAGAAGCCGGUGAUUGCCGACGUCAGAGUGAUCCAUGCUCUCAGCGACGUCCUCCGCGACAAAAUGCAGUAUCCAGUUAGUUUCUCGAAGAUGAUAUUUACUCGAAAACUUUUUGUUUCGCAUUAGUUUUUAUAUGAAUCAAGUGAGAAAAUCGGCCUUUUUUUUAAAUCAACAGCUUUUUGCUAUAUAAAAUCUGUAUAAAACAACUCAAAAAAUGCAAGAGCGCCGGUACAAAAAACGCUUCGUUACCGCGACGCAUUGAGUUCUUUUUUUGAAUCAGGGCUUCUAAGUUUGUCGCAAGAUUAGUGUAUAGAGAUUUUUUACGAAGCUUUCAAAGUAGAGCACUUUUUACAUGACACAUAAUUUCAAAAUAUCAAUUUUUCAGAAUAUCAUCCGAGUAGCGUUAGGAACAAUAUUUCACAUUUGCAACCGACCUGAUGGAAUUGAACUAGUAGCCCAUGUAGCUGGUACCAGCCCAAGUUUGCUCACUCACAUUGUUCAGCACAUGCAGUAAGGAAAACAUUUUUCACCAAAUUUUCAAGUCCUAACUUUAGCACUGUAAACUUUUCUUGUUACAAAUACGCGCUUUUGACUUUUCAUUCGCUGCUCUCCGACCGACAAGCUGGCCCUGGACUCAUUCCUAUCGCCAGGAGAAUCAACGCUCUCCAGGUGGCACUUUCCAUCAAAAUUUUAUAGGAUUGCUUAUUUUCAGCCAAUUGUUCGAUGGCUCGGAGACGAGAAGAGCGAAAAACUACUCCCGGUGAUUGUGGAUCUUGUGAGAAUCAUAUGCGAUAAGCAGAAUGAGCUCAGAGUAAGUCGAGAAUGAAAAAGUUGAAUUUCCCUGGAAUUCGAGAAUAUUUACCCAGAAAGAAUUUAAAAAUUUCUCAAAGUUUUUUACAAAAUUGAAACUUCUUCCUAAUUUUUUUUAUAUUUUUAAGAAAGGAACAUCUUUUCAGGGGCUCUUUAUUAAAGCGGAUGGAGCCCGAAAGUUGUUGGACAUUAUACAGUCUUGUACCUAUGAAAACUUGCUCUGGAGAUCAACACAGCUGUUGAAGUCUUUCACUAACUUUGUGAGUUUCCCCGGCGACAAAAGUUCUCACAAGCCAAAUAUUUGAAGGAUGCGGAAACUGUUGUGGCAAGUGGGGCUAGGGAAGUUUUGGCUCCUCUUCUGUCUCACGACAGUGACCGCCUUGUUGUUUCAUCUUUGGAAUGCCUGAGGAACCUCAGCGAUGUGCCUUCAAGAAUGGAGGAUGAAGUCCUUCUUCACUCACUUUUGAUGCUUCUCGGAGUUCGAACUCCAGUCGUCAUGCUCUACACUGUUCAGAUCAUCUCCAACAUGUGCGCUAACAACAAAAUGAACAAGGUUUGAAUGAAUUUUCUCAUUUUGAUCCAUUAACUUGAUCCCUUUCAUAUCAUAGAAGACGCAUAUUUUUUCUCAGGAGUUCCUUGUUCGAAAUCAAGCCGUUGAACAUCUUCUACGUGUUCUGAUAGAAGAGACGGCGUAUUCGUCUUACAAUCAUUUGACGAAUAAGGAAGCGCAAAUGUUGGAAGAACUCACUGUUAGUUAAUCGAACGUUCCAAAAAUCCAAGUUAACAUUUCAGGAAAGCAUUUUGUGCACAUUCCGACAUCUUUGUGUUGGACACAAUUUGGGAGACAUGGUACAGCAACUCGUGAUGCGACAACCUCACGUCUUCCUCGAACAAACUUGUCGGAAUGCGUCCUGUCUUACUGAAGCACACUUUGAACGUACUUUAUAGUUUGAGAAGCUCGGAUAAAGAGAAAUGUUUUCAGUUGCUAUCAAAGUCAGCAAAUCAAGACGGCAACCUGCCUGUGUUCAGAGAUUUCCGAAGCGGAAAUCUUUGUUUUGUGGAACAAAUCAUUCACAUCCUAAGGGUCGCCUGUAGUCAACUGGCAACGGUAAUGAGUCAACAAUCUUGUUUCUAUGAUUUUCAUGCUUCAAAUAAUAUAAUAAUACAUCGGAACGUUUCAGCAUGAUCAAAUUGAAGGCGUCAGAGUUAGUGAUCUGAUUUACUUGUCUGUCAAUUUACUGCUGUUAUUGAGUCACGACGGCAAGAUCCUAGACCAGGUAGUAGCAAUUGGAAAUAGGAAAUUCAGAAAAAAGUUUGCAGGUUGUCUACUUCUUAAAGCACCCAGAAAACCAGAGGAUCAAUGAAAUAACGGCUUUGCUCCCGAUUUACGUAUUGCAGCGGCCUCAAAUAAAUGAGAAACACGAAACGAACCACAUUGAUGCUGAUUUCGAAGAUGCUUUACCAUAUAGCGGUGCGUUUCAAACUUAGAAUAGAUUCUUAUGUCAAAAUUCAGUAUUUAUUUUCAACUCGGGAUUUUUGAACCUUAAACAGACUUCUUAUGAUGAAUCCUCGAAAUUCAGAUCGCUGACGACUUGGAGAACGACCAAGCUCUUUUGACCGCUCUGCACCAUAUUUCUAGAACGGCUGGUGUUGAAACUGGUUUUUAAACUUCCCUGAAGUUUCUAUCUUUAUUUUACAGCAAGUUUCGCUGAGCGAUUGUACAAAGAAAUCAAAAUGAACGCUCAGCUACCCCAAUCUUCCAAUUUUUCUUUUGCAACGCAGGUACAGAAGAAAUAAGAUAGAAACCGUUAUUAAUGAGAAUGCUUCAGCCUAUGAGUGUGCCAGAGAUUGGAAACAUGCGAACGAUGCUGGAUGAGCCAAUGGACGGAGCUGGAGAACAAUGGUCGCAGGUGAUUUUGAUUCAAGAGAAAUAAAAAAUACAGAAAAAUUGGCAGGACUUGGCAUCAACUGACGAUCCGUUUGCCAACGUGUUUUGCGGGAAAGAACCAGCUUCGGUUCAGAGGAACUCUCGUGAGUUGUUCAAAUAAACGGCUCUGAAAUUGAAAAAUGAAUUGCGUAAUUUGGGUCCCUUAUACACAGUGUGAAUCUGCCUGAACUACAUCUUGGUUCAGUAAUUUUUGGCAACGCAAUAUCAACACAUAUCUAGUCCAUAUAACCUUUUUUGACGUUUUGUUUUUUUUAGCCGAGGACGCAACAGCUUCAAAUUGGACUGUGAAUCAUGCCGAACCUGAUUCUGUGAUGCCAGGUAAACACUAGAAAAGAAAACCAAAAAUUUGUGAAGUUUUUCCAGGACCUUGCAACUCACCAUCUUUCCCCGGGAACCACUUACCUAUGGUUGGACCGACAGUCAUUCCUCAUCCUCGGAAUCCCUACUUUCCUCACCUCCACGGACCACCUCCCGGCUACUACCCUCCAAUGAACCAUUAUGAACUUCCUUUCAAUGGCCCCCACAUAAACCAGAACUUUUCUCCCCAAUACCACAGUGCUCAUCACUCUCCUUAUGCACGAUUUUAA